CGCCAUCUUUGUUGAUGUGUCAGCUCCGCAGGGGUUUGGGGAAGCAGCGGCUGAGAGAGUGAGGCGUCGGCUGUGUUUCUCACCGCGGUCUUUUCCUCCCACUCUUGGCUGGUCGGACCCCGUUAUGGAAAAGUUGGCCCCUGAGCCAGAGCUCCAGCAGCCUCGUUAGGGUGUGGCCUGAGGCUUGGAGAAGUGGGAGGAAAAAGUCCUGGAUUUGGAGUCAGAACAUCUGGAUUAGAAUCCUACUUCUUUCACUUGAUAAUCUUGUUACCUAUGGGAAUCAGAAGAGAGAAUAUAGUAAAAAUACGCAGUGCAGUCCCAGAUGUAAAACGAAGAUCAGGAGCAGAUUUGAAGAAUUACAAAGUGAAUUGGUGCCAGUCAGCAUGUCAGAGACAGACUACAUAGCCUCUGCUUCCUCUGAUAAAAAUGUUGGGAAAACACGUGAAUUAAAGGAAGACUCAUGCAACUUGUUUUCUGGCGAUGAAAGCAGCAAAUUAGAAAAUGAGUCCAAACUAUUGUCAUUAAACACUGAUAAAACUUUAUGUCAACCUAAUGAGCAUAAUAAUCGAAUUGAAGCCCAGGAAAAUUAUAUUCCAGAUCAUGGUGGAGGUGAGGAUUCUUGUGCCAAAACAGACAUGGGCCUAGAAAAUUCUGAACAAACAGCUGAUUUUCCUACUGGAAAUUUUGCUAAACAGAUUUCAAAAACAAAUGAAACAGAACAGAAAGUAACACAAAUAUUAGUGGAAUUAAGGUCAUCUACAUUUCCAGAAUCAGCCAAUGAAAAGACUUAUUCAGAAAGCCCCUAUGAUACAGACUGCACCAAGAAGUUUAUUUCAAAAAUAAAGAGCGUUUCAGCAUCAGAAGAUUUGUUGGAAGAAAUAGAAUCUGAGCUCUUAUCUACGGAGUUUGCAGACCAUCGAGUAGUACCAAAUGGAAUGAAUAAGGGAGAACAUGCAUUAGUUCUGUUUGAAAAGUGUGUGCAAGAUAAAUAUUUGCAGCAGGAACAUAUCAUUAAAAAGUUAAUUAAAGAAAAUAAGAAGCAUCAGGAGCUCUUCGUAGACAUUUGUUCAGAAAAAGACAAUUUAAGAGAAGAACUAAAAAAAAGAACAGAAACAGAGAAGCAGCAUAUGAACACAAUUAAACAGUUAGAAUCAAGAAUAGAAGAACUUAAUAAAGAAGUUAAAGCUUCCAAAGAUAAACUAGUAGCUCAAGACAUUACAGCUAAAAAUGCAAUUCAGCAGUUACACAAAGAGAUGGCCCAACGGAUGGAACAGGCCAACAAGAAAUGUGAAGAGGCACGCCAAGAAAAAGAAGCAAUGGUAAUGAAGUAUGUAAGAGGUGAGAAGGAAUCAUUAGACCUUCGAAAGGAAAAAGAGACACUUGAGAAAAAACUUAGAGAUGCAAAUAAGGAACUUGAGAAAAACACUAAUAAAAUUAAGCAGCUUUCUCAGGAGAAAGGACGGUUGCACCAGCUGUAUGAAACUAAGGAAGGUGAAACGACUAGACUCAUCAGAGAAAUAGACAAAUUAAAGGAAGACAUUAACUCUCACAUCAUCAAAGUAAAGUGGGCACAAAACAAAUUAAAAGCUGAAAUGGAUUCACAUAAGGAAACCAAAGAUAAACUCAAAGAAACAACAACAAAAUUAACACAAGCAAAGGAAGAAGCAGAUCAGAUACGAAAAAACUGUCAGGAUAUGAUAAAAACAUAUCAGGAGUCAGAAGAAAUUAAAUCAAAUGAGCUUGAUGCAAAACUUAGAGUCACAAAAGGAGAACUUGAAAAACAAAUGCAAGAAAAAUCCGACCAGCUAGAGAUGCAUCAUGCCAAAAUAAAGGAACUAGAAGAUCUGAAGAGAACAUUUAAGGAGGGUAUGGAUGAGUUACGAACACUGAGAACAAAGGUGAAAUGUCUAGAAGAUGAACGAUUAAGAACAGAAGAUGAAUUAUCAAAAUAUAAGGAAAUUAUUAAUCGCCAAAAAGCUGAAAUUCAGAAUUUAUUGGACAAGGUGAAAAUUUUUGAUCAGCUACAAGAGCAGCUUCAAAGAGGUAAGCAAGAAAUUGAAAAUUUGAAGGAAGAAGUGGAAAGUCUUAAUUCUUUGAUUAAUGACCUACAAAAAGACAUCGAAGGCAGUAGGAAAAGAGAAUCUGAGCUACUACUGUUUACAGAAAGGCUCACUAGUAAGAAUGCACAGCUUCAGUCUGAAUCCAAUUCUUUGCAGUCACAAUUUGAUAAACUUUCUUGUAGUGAAAGUCAGUUACAAAGCCAGUGUGAACAAAUGAAACAGACAAAUAUUAAUUUGGAAAGUAGGUUGUUGAAAGAGGAAGAACUGCGAAAAGAGGAAGUCCAAACUCUGCAAGCUGAACUUACUUGUAGACAAACAGAAGUUAAAGCACUGAGUAUCCAGGUAGAAGAAUUAAAAGAUGAGUUAGUAACUCAAAGACGUAAACAUGCCUCUAGUAUCAAGGAUCUCACCAAACAACUUCAACAAGCACGAAGAAAAUUAGAUCAGGUUGAGAAUGGAAGCUAUGACAAAGAAGUCAGCAGCAUGGGAAGCCGUUCUAGUUCAUCAGGGUCCCUGAAUGCUCGAAGCAGUGCAGAAGAUCGAUCUCCAGAAAAUACUGGGUCCUCAGUAGCUGUGGAUAACUUUCCACAAGUAGAUAAGGCCAUGUUGAUUGAGAGGAUAGUUAGGCUGCAAAAAGCACAUGCCAGGAAAAAUGAAAAGAUAGAAUUUAUGGAGGACCACAUCAAACAACUGGUGGAAGAAAUUAGGAAAAAAACAAAAAUAAUUCAAAGUUAUAUUUUACGGGAAGAGUCAGGCACACUUUCUUCCGAGGCAUCUGAUUUUAACAAAGUUCAUUUAAGUAGACGGGGUGGCAUCAUGGCAUCUUUAUACACAUCCCAUCCAGCUGACAAUGGAUUAACAUUGGAGCUCUCUUUGGAGAUCAACCGAAAAUUACAGGCUGUUUUGGAGGAUACGUUACUAAAAAAUAUUACUUUGAAGGAAAAUCUACAAACACUUGGAACAGAAAUAGAACGUCUUAUUAAACACCAGCAUGAACUAGAACAGAAGACAAAGAAAACCUAAUACAAGCCUCUUGCUCAGUAAACAGACAAAAGCCACACAGGAGUAGGUGCCACUGACCACUACUGUUGGAAACUUUCUUCCACUUUUUGUUUCAGCCAGUAAAAAUACUGUUUUGCUUCAUCUGUACA